CGAAUUUGGUUGGAAUACGAAUUUGGUCGGGAUACGAAUUCUGUUUGGUUGGGAAGCGAAUUUGGUCAGGAUACGAAUUUGGUUUAGAAGCGAAUUUGAUACGAAAUUGGUUGCAAAAUGAAUUUGGUUGGAAAAUGAAUUUGGUUGGGAAACAAAAUUGGUUGAGAUAUGAAAUUG